UCAGCAGAAACAAAUCUAGUUAGUUUAGCUCUAAAUCCAACUUCAUCGAUCCUAUCUUCUCUUUUUGUUUCAUAUAUACACAAAGAAUAUAAUUAAACACAGACAACAACAGGCAUACAGAGAGCGUAAAUCAGUCAGAUCGAUACAAGAAGAAGAAAAGAAAAUGGCAUGUAGAAGAGAGAGGUGCAGUGGGUGCGGAAUGGAACUAGCCGUGCCACUGGGGGUGCUAAACAUCCGUUGUGCAGUGUGCCGAACAGUGACUCGGGUUCGACCCAGCAAUUCACUCUCUCAAUCGCAGGAUCCAGUUCGCCAGGCGGCCAACUGGGUCAGGGGCUUCCUAAGCAAUAUCAACUCCAUAGCUGCUGCUGCUGCUUCAUUCAAUAGCUACAGCGGGCCAUCAGUGCCUAGUUUUAGUUACUAUCCACAUCCUUCUAGACCCCUCACGCACCUUCCGGUGCAUGGGAGGAAGAGGGCGCUUCUCUGUGGUGUGAGCUAUAGGUAUCGGAGAUACGAACUCAAGGGCACCAUUAAUGAUGUUAACUGCAUGAGGUAUUUUCUCACUGAGAAACUCGGUUUCCCAAACGACUCCAUCCUUGUCCUCACAGAAGAUGAGAAUGACCCAUUAAGGAUUCCAACAAAACAAAAUAUCAGAAUGGCAUUGCAAUGGCUAAUUCAAGGUUGCCGGUCAGAGGACUCUUUGGUGUUCCACUACUCAGGUCAUGGCUCACAACAACCAAAUUUAAAUGGAGAAGAGGUCGAUGGGUAUGAUGAGACCCUUUGCCCCCUUGAUUAUGAGACAGAAGGGAUGAUACUUGACGAUGAGAUCAAUGUUACCAUCGUUAGGCCUCUCCCAAAAGGGGCCACACUUCAUGCCAUAGUUGAUGCUUGCCAUAGCGGAACGGUUCUUGAUUUACCAUUCGUAUGCAGAAUGAACCGGGAAGGGCAAUAUAUUUGGGAGAAUCAAACCCCUCCUUCAGGCACUUACAAAGGUACAGCUGGUGGGCUAGCCCUUUGUUUUAGCGCUUGUGAUGAUCAUCAAACCUCUGCUGAUACCUCAGCACUUGCGGGCAACACAAUGACGGGUGCCUUGACAUAUUGCUUCAUCCAUGCUGUGGAAAGUGAACCGGGUUUGAGUUAUGGUCGCCUACUCAACCUGAUGCGCUGUUUGAUUCGAGAGUCUAGGACUACUGGGUUUUCCCUAACUAAUGGCCCUAUUGCAUCUCUUAUUCGCAAAGUAUUUCGUGCUGGUUUACGACAGGAACCUCAGUUGUCAUCUUCAGAGAAAUUUGACAUUUAUAUGAAGCAAUUUAUCUUAUAGUUGCAUAAGUGGAUGGGGAAAUAUUUCUCAUUAAUUAGUAAUUAAGUUAAUUUUGUUAAACA